GGAAGCACUACCAUGAUAAUUUAGCGAAACAGAUGGAUGUAGAACACGGGCCUGUGAACAUUGUCUUCAUAUGAAUUUGACUCUUCUGAAUCGGUCGCAUAGGAAAAUUAUUUUCUAAAUGCUCGAACAGCUCUUGAAUCGAGUCUAGCAGGUAAUCCAUAUUCAUCCGCUUUAGAUGCCUCACCAACCUCAGUCAAUCAGCAACGGAGUACCCGGAUGGGACUGUCAUGGCCGCCGUCGCUGAACUGCAAGGCUGAAGAGAAAAGGAAGGAGCCUGUAUAUUGAAGCAUGGAAGAGGACCUGAAAACACUGGAUGAUCCUGCUGAAAGCCAUGACGACAUGGAGGCUGAGGAAGAAAAGGAAUCGGCAAAGGACCACACCGGCCAGAAGUUAGAUCAAUCUCCUGGGUUGCCAUGUAGUGACCAAUGUGACCCUGAUGAAACAUCUGUUGAAGAGUCAGGUAGUCGCAAGACAGCCAGAAAAGCAUCUAAGUCCCCAUGUAAAAUACAGCAAGGUGCAGUCUUCUCUGGGAAAAUACUUAGCUUUGGGUGUUCAGAGUGUAAGGGUGACGCUACCUACAGCCCCAAUGAUCUCCUGAAACAUUUUCAGGGGGCCCACAAGGGGACCCUGCCGACGUAUCCAUGUGACUUGUGUGGCUUUGUCACAAAUGAGUUCCCUGCACUUCAGCGCCAUCGGAUCGGGCACAGGAACACUUUAGUCACAUGCGAGAUCUGUAAUGAUGAUGUACAGUACUCUCUCCUCCUGCUCACUAGACACUAUAUCAUGUCUCACAGCCAAAAUGGCCACUUUCACUGCGAAAAAUGUGAGUUUUCAACUGUUGACGCAGGGACAUUUGUGCAGCACAUCCAUCAUCACAAUGAGAGCCGGCUCAAAUGUGUGAAAUGUCAACAUGUGAGCUCUAGCCGAGGUGAGCACCAGAGGCACCUGAAACUCCACUCGGGUACCUUCCCCUUCACGUGUCAGGUCUGUGGAUAUGGGGCAGCACGGAGAGAAUACCUCACAAAGCACAUGGUAACUGUCCAUGGUGAGGAGGCAGGCAAGAAAAAUAUAUGGAGAGCAACGGAGGACAGCAACAAUACCCUGGCAAACUCCUCUUCAGGAUUAAAACUCCUGCUGAAGAAAAGCCCUGCUGCAGGUGGUCAAUCUAAGGAAUCCCAGUGGAUGUCCAAACUGAAUUCUCUUCCUGGAGUAGGUUUACUUGACCAAAAUGGAAGGUUGUUGAACCCAGAGAAAACAUUGGAGGAAACCCAACAGUUCCUUGAAAGGGCUGUGGGUGUGAAAAAGGACUGUAAGAAGCGGGUCAAAGGGACUCUUAAGAAUGAGCAACAAUUUGACUCCCAGGCUGUAUCAUCUAUACCACCACCUAAGUCCCAGGAAAGUGAUGAUAGUUAUGGGGCUGACACCCUAAACCCGAACAACUCCAAUGGACUAACAGUUCUCAUGGUCAAAAAUAAAAUCUCUAUUCCACCUAACUGUACUACAAAAGUAAUGGGGUUCAAAAUGGUUGACGGCAAAAAGCAUUUAGUUCUCAAAGUUAUACCAACAGCAAAGCCUGAGUCCUCUGCAGAAAAUAAAAUGUUAUGUAGAGGGCAAGAGAGAGGCUGCCCAAUUAUAGACGCUACCUCCGAUGGAAAUCAAUGCUCCGAUUCGACUGAAAAUUGGGAAAAUUCAAGUACCAUCUUCCCUUACUUGACAGUUCUAAGCCCCUCAGGGACUGAUCGAGAUGCUGCAAUUUCAGUUCAAGUGAAACCAGAGGAAGAGGACAUUAGCAUUGAGGAGACGUUGCCCAUACUGGAGAAACUAGCACAGAAAAUGGCACAGAAAGCAAACCACACAGAGCAGCAGAGGAAUGGUGAACAACAUAAGUUUAAGGAUGAACAGAUUCCUUCCUUGGCAGUUUCUCCAAUGACCAAAGAGUCAGAUCACUCCACGAUUCAGAACGGUAAACUGAAUAACAAUACAUCAUCAAUUGCUAAUCAGCCGAAUGAUUCUGAGUUGGGAGACAAAAUUUCUGCUUAUUCAAGCCCUAAUGUGACUGCUGUGGAGGUCGUCCCAGCCAAAAUGCUCACAGAUAAGACCAUGCCCUCUGAAUCAGCUUAUGAGACCAUGCUUCCCAAACCAGUCUCUGAAGAAACUAUCAGCAUGCUUAGAGUUGGUGACCUGAAUACAGCUACAGCUGAUAAGAUCAGUGACCCCAUCACUGAAAAUUCCCCUGUGGCCAAUGGAGAGAUGUUACCCUCCAAUGACAAACCUAAGAAGACUCCCUCAGAACCCAUGACUGGUGACAUUCUACCUUCUGAUGAUACUGUUGAAAAUAAUCAUUCAAUUAUCAAGGAGAUGGUUCCUUCUGAUUUUACUGCCAAUAAGAUUAAUUCCUGUGUAGCAACUAAGACUAAAACUGAAACUUUAUCCCCAGAUCUGAUGCCCCAACUGGAGUCACACCCAGCUGAAUCUGACAACUCCAAAGAGACUGAUACUAAUGCUGAAAACCUUAAUUCUCCCAACAAAGAGGUGUUCAGUUUUCAUAAUUACUCAAAGGAAACAUCAAGCAUUUCCUCCAACUCAACACAACCUUGUGAACAUCCAUCAGAGCUUUCGACAGAGGAUGAAAGUGUUUGGAUGAAAGAGUCACCUGAAUGGAGCUUGACAUUGGCUGCAUCCCCACAACCUCCAGAUGAGGGAAAUCGGGAAGUGGAGUCUGCAGAAGAGACUGAGACUGCAAUGGAAAGAGUGUCAGACAGUGACAUUGAGGUUGAUGAGUGCAUAGCUACUGUAGAUCUGGCCACCCCAGUGGCAGCUGAGAGAGAUAAUCAUGGACACUCUGGGUCUAAACACCAAGUCCAAACUACAGUAAAAAUGGAGGAGGAGAGUGUUCCUGUGUCAGAAAGGGCGACAGGGAGCAUAAAUAGUUUGGCCGUCUUGGGCCGCAUACUGGAGGAGCAUUCAGAUGCUAUCAUUAGCCACCAGCUUGAGAAAGAUAGAAUAGGCUGCUCAGCUGCUAGCCAUGAUUCUGUCAAGCCACCUAAGACUAUGCUAAGGAUCCUUAAAACUGCAGAGGGAAAGCAACAGAUGUUCUUACAGACUGCAGAGAACCGGUUUGCUGUACCUGUGCAGCUCCAAGGCAACACAGGGUUCAAGCUGAUAACCAAAUCCUCUGCUCCUCAGAUCAAUGUGUCCUAUGUUAAGCCAGGAAUUGAAAUACAGAAUCACACCACAGGGUUGGCACUCACCCUCAAUGGUGGAAGGUUCAGCAUUCCAGGACAUACUGUAGGUGCUAGUGAAAAAAGUGCAAUGCCGUUAUCUGCUAUUCAGCCUGGAGCCAGUACUAGUGCAAGCCACUACCUAGUCAACAGCACAGCUUUUAAAGGAAAUAUGCUGUUGUCAGACACAGCACAUAGUUCUCCUGGAGAAAAUACCAUAAAGUCACUGCAGACUUGUUACUUAGUCCAGAGGCCAGUCCCUGUAACCCAACCCCCCAACAAUGCAGGUAGCAAAUUAGCAAGCUCAAUGUCUCAAUCUCCACUUAUGUCCCGUCCAGUUCUGGCAAUGUCUGCGAACUCGGUGAACAAAUUAACUCCAUUGCACACUGGGCGACAAGCUUUCUUGGUUAGAUAUAUUUCUCCAGCUACGUCAGGGAUGCUUCUCAAUAGUCCUGAUGCGAAGUCUGUGAACCAGAAAGGUCAACCUAAUGAAAAUCGAGGAAAUAAAGUUGUUUAUAAGAUAGUCAGAACUGCCAAUUGUAGCACGUUUCUUGCUGGUGCUGCACACUCUUCUGCCAACAAGCCCAUUUAUCUGGCCACAAAUUCCACACCAAUGCCCUGUUUUCUGAUGUCAUCAAAUAAUGUCUCUACUGGAGGGCAAAAACUAGUACCCAUACAAAAUGCCUCCCACAAACCUGUCACAGCCUCCAAGCUCUCAAAUCUUCUGUCCCCCCAAUCCAACAUGCAAGGUAGGGUCAGGCAGCAAGUGGGCGUAGAUGGUCUGAAUAAAUCGCCCCUUACCCCAAGGCCAAGUCGCCAGCUAAGUCAAAGGAAGAGGCACAGGAAAGCAUUGUUUGAUGAACUCCCAGAGCACUUGCCUAAAGUGAAGAGGCUCUCGAGCAAGGCAGUAACUGAGAAAGGAGCUCCCUCGCUCUGGGUGCCUGUACCCAAAGAUGCAGAGAGGACUCUGAGACUGUACCCAUUCAGUUCACUACAGGAGAUAAAAUGCCCUCGACGAAAUCAGCCGGUAGUGGUCCUCAACCAUCCCGAUGCCGACAUUCCUGAAGUGGCCAGUAUCAUGAGGUCUGCUAACAAGUACAAAGGUGCUGUUUCCAAGGUGGCACUGUCCCAAAAAACAGUUCAAGCUCUCUCUGAAAUCGGCCCGACUGGACUUCUGGGGAAAAGCUCCAAGGUGAAAUGUCCCUCAUCACAAAGCAGUGGGUCGAGACUUUGGCGUUCAGAAAGCAGAGUCCGAGAGCGAUUUCUGUUAAAACUGAAGUUUAAAAAGACUAGCAGGAAAAAGUACGAGGUGGUGAAGUCCUUAUCUAGAUGUGCAGAGAGGUCAUCAAUGUUCGCCUGUUGGUUUUGUGGUCGACUCUUCAACAACCAAGAGGAGUGGAUAGGCCACGGCCAACGGCAUCUCAUGGAGGCAACCAGAGACUGGAAUAAGCCGUUUUAAAGCCUAUGGAGAGGUUAAAGUUGUAUAUUUUUCAAAUGACUCAUCAGUAUACUUUAUUCUUACAGCAGUUUCUAUUCCCACAAAUGCCCUAAUAGCUAUGUUUGAAUCACCGAUUUUGAGGCUGUUGAUGUGUGGUACAACCUGAAGCCUUUUGGUAUGUAUAGAUAUUCUAAUACGAUUAUGUAAGUAUGACUUAAACUCGUUUGUACAGAUGGAAUUGAACUGUGAAAACUUGGCACACUGUAAUGGAGUAUAUUUGACGGAGCACUGUUGCUAGAUUCUUUUGUAUUCAGAAAUGUACCAAAUUCCUCAGGUGAUUUCAUAUUCUCUGAUUCAACUAAUCUGCUUUGUAACAUACAGUUGAAGUUGAAGUUUAAAUACACUUAGGUUGGAGUCAUUAAAACUUGUUUUUCAACCACUCCACACAUUUCCUGUAAACAAACUAUAGUUUUGGCAAGUCGGUUAGGACAUCUACUUUGUGCAUGACAAGUAAUUUUUCCAACAAUUGUUUACAGACAGAUUAUUUCACUUAUAAUUCGCUGUAUCACAAUUCCAGUGGGUCAGGAGUUUACAUGCACUAAGUUGACUGUGCCUU